UCUAUUGUAAGGCCUAUUAAUCUUCUCGAAAGACAAAAACCCUCUUGUAUCUAAAUUACAAAAUGGGAUGUGAUGGAGGUACUAUCCCUAAAAGACAUGAGUUGGUGAAAGGCCCGAAGAAAGUCGAAAAGGUUGACAAAAAUGCUGAAAUCGCAGCUCGAUGGAAGUACUGCGCCUUAAGUCAAGAGAAGUUGCAACGUCCUAUCGUUGCCUGUGAACUGGGCAGACUGUACAACAAAGAUGCUGUGCUUGAGUAUCUACUGGAUAAGUCUGCUGAGAGGCCUAACACAGAGGUAGCUGCACAUAUUCGUGGCCUCAAGGAUGUAAAGGAGCUUAAUUUGACUGAUAAUCCAGCAUGGGAGGGGGAGAGGAGGAACACCAAAGGUGACACAUAUGAGGACAUACAUUGUGCCAUGUUCAUCUGCCCUGUGGUUGGCCUGGAAAUGAACGGCAAACACAAAUUUUGCUACCUGCAGACCUGUGGCUGUGUGUUCUCAGAGCGUGCACUCAGGGAAGUGAAGACAGAGAUCUGUCAUAAGUGUGGUGACCCUUUCCAAGAUGAAGACCUUGUGAUCCUGAAUGGGACAAAGGAGGAGGUGGAGAAACUGAAGGAGAAAAUGGAGGAGAGGAGAGCUAAGGCCAAAGCAGGAAAGAAGUCAAAGAAAAGCAAGGUGUCUGAACUCAACUGCAAACCACUGGAUUCAAGAGGUAAAAGCACCAUGAUUCCUGUAAAACCCACCAACCUGAAGGAUGCCUCACAGAAUGGAGAGUGCAGUGCAGAUUCAGAAACACCGUGUUGUUAUUCCCCCGGACCCUCGGGUGCCUGCAGUUCCUCCAAGAACGGAAAGCCCACGACAACUACCGGGAGCAAAAGGUCCAUUCAGGACAUGAAGGAGAAGUCUGAGGCCUACAAAUCCAUCUUCACCACUCACAGCUCCGCCAAGCGCACCAAAGAUCAGACGUCCAACUGGAUCACACACACACCCUACCACUUCUAAAUGGAGAGGCUUCUAAGCACUCAUUCUCUGUGUGAAGCCUCUUCCUGUCUCUUCCACAUUCAUCUGCACCGAGACACGUCACUGCAUUCUUUUGCAUUUCAGCAUCAUUCACAGUAAACUGAACAUCAUGUAGCCCAGUGCAGUGUGCACCCAGAGUGCUCCACAGCCACAGCUCCAGAAACUUGUGCUUCAUCUUCACUGAAAUGAUCAUUGACAGGUUUCAAAUGGGCCAGAUCAAGAUCAGCCCUGAGGUCUUCAAUGUAAUGAAUAGAUGUAUUAGGUUUCAGAGUCAUUUCUCAAUCAGAUUCAUCCUCUGUCACUAAAACAAUUAUCCUUGGAAAUAAAUUUAACACGUAUCCUUGACAUAUGAUGCUACACUGAGAUGUCACAUUAGAGCUAAUGUUAACUGCAGUUUUUUUUUUCUCUCUCUCUCUCUCUCUCUCUCUCUCUCUAUUUUUCUUUGUUUAAUAUCUGUGUACAGUAACGUUUCAACAAACUUCCUCCUGUUUUUUUUAAAUAAAUAUAGUGAAGGUCCUGCACAUGCACUAUUGCAAGGACUUCAGUACUUUUAUGGCAGUUAUGUGAGUCUGCUCCAAAGGAUGAUGUUUGUGUUGUUUUAUACAAAGCUCAUCAAAAGCUCAGUAAAACACAGAAGCAGAGUGUGCCUCCUAAAACCCUGACACCUACUUUCAACAUUCAGCAUACAGUUAUUGCUUUAGUUGUGAAUUAGUGCAUAUAGUUUAUCUUUUUCCCCUGUUUUUAUCAGAUUUACUUUAUCUUGCUUGUGUUUGUUAGCCAUCACAGCUUAUUUUUAGGGUUUCGGUGUUUUAAUAAUUUCGGUUAUCAUCAUUUUUGGAUGUAUCUGCCCUUUAUGUUGUUAAACUAAGUGUAACUGAAUGUGUGGCUUCCUGCAUGCUUUGUGUUUCUCCAUCUUCCAUGACCUUUUCCCAGCAAACAGAAUAAAAAGCAACUUUUUUUAAACGUUAA